GUUUGUCUCUGAGUUCAUGACACAUGUAAACACCCUUGAGUCCGGUUCAGCUGCUCUGUGUCUUUGUCCGUCCCUGUCGGAGCCGAACCGAGCCGGAUCAUGCUCCGGUCCUGCUGUGUUUACGGCGCAGGAGUCCUCUGCGUCCUGCUGCUGAUCGCCGGCAUCGCGAUGGCUUUGACGCAGGUCUUUCAGAAGCUCAUAAACAACACCAUAAAGAAGCAAGUAGUUCUGGAAAACGGAACAGAGGCGUUUUCGGUGUUUGAAAACCCACCGCCGCCGGUUUACAUGCAGUUUUACUUCUUUAAUCUGACCAAUCCCGCGGAGGUUCUGGAUGGAGACAAGCCCUUCGUCCAGCAGAUCGGCCCGUAUACGUACAGGGAGUAUCGGCCGAAGGAGGAAGUGAAAUUUCUGGACAACGGAACGAGAGUCGAGGCUGUCAAUCCCAAGACGUACGUGUUUGAGCCCAACAUGUCACGCGGCUCGGAGGACGACAUCGUCCGGACGGUCAACAUCCCCGCUGUGACUGUGAUGGAGAAAACCAAAGGUAGAUGGUUUGAGCGCUUCGUCAGCGACUUGAUGACGUCUCACAACGUCGGGCUGUUUGGGACGUUCAGGGUCGGUGACCUGCUGUGGGGUUACGAAGAUCCGCUGCUUAAAUUGAUCCAAACAUUUAUCCCAAUGGAUGACCACUUUGGACUCUUCUAUAAGAAAAAUGGCACAGAUGACGGUGAUUAUAUUUUCUUCACCGGAAAGCAGAACUAUCAGGACUUUGCUCGUAUAGACGAGUGGAACGGACAGAGUACGUUGAACUGGUGGAGCACAGAAGGGUGUAACAGGAUCAACGGCACCGACGGAGCGUCUUUCCAUCCAGUCAUCACAAAAACUGAGAAACUCUAUAUGUUCUCCUCUGAUCUGUGCAGGUCUAUAUAUGCCCAGUACGAGUCUGACGUGAGCGUACAAGGGGUUCCCGGUUUCCGUUUUGUCCCACCCAGUGAAGUUUUCGCCAACCUUACGAUUAACCCAGAUAACGCGGGCUUCUGCGUGCCGGCUGGAAACUGUCUCGGCUCCGGCCUCCUCAACGUCAGCGUCUGCAAAGAAGAUGCGCCAAUCAUCAUGUCCUCCCCUCACUUCUACCAGGCGGAUGACAAGUUUGUACAAGAUGUGUUUGGGAUGAAUCCUAACAAGGAGGAGCAUGAGACAGUCGUUGACAUCAACCCGCUCACUGGGAUGUUGCUUCACGGUGCGAAGCGUGUUCAGGUGAACGUCUACCUGCAGCAGAUCCCGGGGUUCAGUCAAACUGGGAAGAUCCGGACGCUGGUGUUUCCAGUGAUGUACCUUAAUGAGAGCGUCCUUAUUGACGAGGAAUCGGCCAAGAAGCUGUACGCCGUUGUUACCGAGGCUAACGUGAUCAUCAACAUCCCCUUCAUAGUGAUCAGUGUAGGCAUCUUGCUGGGCAUCAUCUUCAUAGUGUUCGUGUGCCGACAGCAGACGCCACCGAGCACCGAGGCCGAGCGGGAGCCCCUGCUUUCAUCCUAAACUCCCCAGACGUCACGACGAACUGACAUGCGUUUAGACAUUGAGCUUGAUUUCUUUUUCUCACGGGCCAGAGUCGGUUCAAGGAGCGUCGGCGCGCGCGGCAGACGACUCAAAGUGCAAAGUUUGUCUCAGGUCACCUGGCCUCGGAUCCAGGUCUUUCAGACGUGUUUUUAAAGAGCAUCGCAGGUAGCGCGGGAGCGUCCAAAUCAGCCAGUGAGUCUCACGUCCUAAACUGAAUUCUAAAUCGGAAAACACUAACAGAGCGACAGCGCUCGAUGUACUGAUGUCACCUGUACACAUCACAGCCAUAUUAACACACUUAUGCAAUUUCGAUGAGCUCAUCCGACAAGUAAACUGACAGCGGUGCCAAUUUUCAGGACUGCUUCACGUGAAUCUGACUCUGUAAUGUGCCAGGCGCAUUUUAAAAUCACUAAAUCUUUUUUUAAUUACCAAAGAACUCGGUGCCAUGAUAUUUGCUCUUCUGCCAUUUGAUUGAUUUCCGUAGAUGCAAACCAAGAUAUCAAUGGUGCAUUGGCUCGAUAAUGUUUAUAGAGUCCGCUAAUAACACUUUUACAAUAUUCCUGAAAGACAUCAACAAUGAUCACUAAUUUAAACUCUUAAUUUUUGCGAAUAACCAGACUCAACUUUGUUUACAGUGUUCAGCAAAUGCAGUAUAAAGUGUUUCAUCAGUAUUACAGAUUCAGCUUCAACGUUUCUGCUUCCUGAAUGUAUUUAAUGUUCUUUUUCAUGCACACGUUUUUGUUUUUCAAUAGUAAACCUCAUGUCCUGCAUGGUUCAUUUCCUAUUUUAUCGUUGUAGGCGUUUGGUGGCGGUUUUGUUGGUCUGAAAAGGGAAAGUUUGAGGUUUGAUCAUUUCAUUUCGGGGGAAGUUCAUAUUGUAAUGACCUGUGGGUUUGAUCUGAAACCGUGGUCUGAUUUCAGUUUCACUUCAGCUUGAAAGUAAAUGUGCUUUUCCCGGGAAUUAAAUGUGUUUAUGAAUGAAGACCCAAGUGAUGAUGUUGGCUAAAAACAGGAAUGUUCACGAUUGAUUCCAUUUUUAAAAUUCAUUUUUUUAUGCAUUUAUUUCAUCAUGCGAGCAUUUGUAGUUUUUGUUUUCCUUAA